GUGGACUGUAACCUGUCACGCUGUCAAGCCAGCCAACACCAGCGAUUUCUUUCACUUUCGUUUCGAGUGUCGAUCUACUACUACACAGAACAGAAAGUGAACCGAACAGGAUCGAGCUGCGGAAGGACGUGGGUAAAGCAGAGAUCUAAGACUUGGUGUCACAGAAAGUGGUGUGCAGACUCUUGAUAACCAUGGCAACUUCCAGCAACGAAGACCAGACAGAAGCUAUGGAUGUUGACACACCUCAGGAUGAUAGCAGUACUGAUAAUAGCAAAGCUCAAAUGCAUAUCAAAGUGGAGAUUACUAACUGGAAUUCAAAUGACAAAAAGCCAUGGGCAACUUUAGAAAAAAAGAUCCAGACAUUCUGUAACAAGCUACGCAAGGGAGCCAUAUCAAUUUUAAAAAUAGACCCUGAUGAACAGGAUCCUCGCUAUGCCACUGCAGAAGUAACACCUUCCUCAGCUGUGGGGAUACUGCUGGAACAGAAAACUUUAGAGGUCCUCGAUCCACCUUGUGAAGCAACUGUGCACUUUUUAAACAAAAGCCUGGCGCCGGCAGACCACUCAGACCCUCCAACAGACGAAAAGAAAGUUCAGAUUCCAUUGAAAGUUGAAGCACAGGUGGCACUCAACACAUUGAACCCAGAAGCUGCUGAAGCGAUACAUGUCAAGUAUAAGCAGUUCUGCUCAGAAGAUGGAAAGGUCACAGUCCAGGGCUCAUUCGAAGAAGUGGAUCAGUUUCACAAGGAUAUCUUGAUGUUUCACCUUGAUUCCAAAAAGCUUCAUCAAGAGCAACAGCAGGAGAUGGAGCAUGAAGCCAGGACAAAUCUGGAGACAGGGGCAGAGGGAUUUGAGAGGAAGAAUGGGGCAAGUCCUAAGAGGGACAUGAGCAAGAAUGGAGAAGACCAAGUGCCUGCAGGGCAGACUAUCCCAAUGUCACAGUUUCACUAUGAUUACUUAACCAAAGCCUACCGAAGGGAGAUUGAAGACAUCAAGCAGAGCUCUGGUGUUGAGAUGAACUCUGAGGUCAUUGUGUCCUUCAGUCCAGCUCAGGGACAGGAAGGAGCCAGAGUGCAAAAAGCUGAGGAGGACUUCAUACUCCUCUAUCAGAAGAUUGUAACCAACCUGGGCUCUGUGAAGAUCCCACUGUCGAGUGAGGAGCAUGGACGACUGGAGGACAAUUUUAAAGAAAUGCAGAGCAACUCCUCCAGGUUUGUCUUGAACAGAACUGAAGAUGGGUACAACCUUGUCGGCCCCCAACAGGAUCUUCAAAGGGUUCAGAAGGAGCUGAUGUCAAGAUUGAGUGGGACAGCGAAGAGCGCAAGAUCGGAACUCAUUGAAAUUCAUUGCGAGGAGCAGUUAAUGAAGAAAGACCUUGAGAUGUACAGUGUCCACUGGGAAUUCAUAAAGCAACUGUAUAGUAAACAGCUGCAGCGCAUCCAGGAGAAGUUUGGCGUGAAGAUUGACGGGCAACCAGUCAGUGGCUCUCAGGAAACUGUGAAGCUGGAGAUCAAGCAAGACAAGGGCAACUUCAAUCUGCAAAGUCAUGCCUUUCAUGCGUUCCUGGAGCUCUAUCAGAAGGUGGCAACCGGCUUGAUGUCAAGGUCAGUGGAGGACGCCAGUGAGGUACAGAAUGCCAAGAAGUUCUUUAAAGAAAUACGCCCCAAUCACCCCAAUGUUUGGGAAGACGAACAAAAUGGGAGCUUAAAGCUUGUUGGCUUUGUCAAUCACUUGGCCCCUGCUGUGGUGGAGAUGGAAACCAAUAUGGGUAAGAAGGUAUUCAAAGGGGAGGAGCUGGUGCUCAAAUUCCUCACCAGUUCUGUGGACCCCCCAGUUCUGUGGACCACACAGGGUGCCACAGGCAGACCACACACAGAGGAAGAGAAUUGUCCCAUCUGCCUCAGUGACUUCACAGAGAAAACACUGCUUAAGUGCAAACACGCUUUCUGCAAAGGCUGCCUGGUUCAGGCCAUGGCAACAAACCCCAUGUGUCCCGUCUGCAAAGCUGUGUAUGGAAAAGUGGAAGGGAACCAGCCCCCAGGGGAAAUGACAUGGCAUAAAACCAGAAACAGUCUUCCUGGGUUCCGCUGCGGGACCAUUGAAAUAACCUAUAACAUUCCACGUGGAAUUCAAACAGAGAAGCACCCUAACCCUGGCCGUCGCUUCAGUGGAACUUCCAGGCAAGCCUACCUACCAGACAAUGCAGAAGGAGAGGAGGUGCUGAGACUGCUUAAAAAAGCUUUUAAUCAGAAAUUGAUUUUCACUGUGGGAACCUCUCGCACAAGUGGAGCGGAAGAUACUGUCACUUGGAACGACAUCCACCAUAAAACAACCAUGGAUGGCGGACCACAAGGGUUUGGAUACCCUGAUCCAGAUUACCUGAAGAGAGUGAAGGAGGAGCUGAAGGACAAAGGAAUAGAAUGAAGAGCCAAGAACCUGCCAGCCAAGAACCAGAGCACAAAUAAUAUAUAUAUAUAUAUAUAUAUAUAUAUAUAUAUAUAUAUAUAUAUAUAUACACAUACACACACACACACACACACACACACACAUACAUACAGUCAACUCUUAUUAAUACAACCAGCCAAAUGCAUACUGUCAGUUUUUAUUGAAGUUACAGUAACACUGAAAUGCAAUGCAUAAUACAAUACUCAGGGUAUUCCAAUAUGAAUGAUUACUGGUGAAUAUGUAUACUUUGCUGUAGUAGUUUCCACAGUGGUACAGUUCUUUACCAUCCCUUUCCUAUGCUAACUGCAUUUCACAUGCUCCCGCCUAGUUUUUACAAUGGUUAUCAAUACCACACUAUAAUUACUAAACUAAAACACCUCAAAGGCAACUAUAUAUCAUCUACAUCUUCAUAAAGAGAAAUUGUAUCUGUUUCUGAUAUUAUCAGAUUCAUAGUUUUGAUUAGGCUGGCAUUCAUUCAAUAUGACCUGUGGCCAAAUCACUUGAUAUUAGCAAGAUGAAUGUUUAAUUGUACAUUUGGAAAUAAGUCUCAAAUAUACGUAUACAUUUGCUCAAUUAUGUUUAUAAUAUUUCUGUUUAAUGUCUCACACGAAUACAAUGUUUUAAUGUAAUCUCAAAACUCAAAGCAAAUAUAGACAAAAAAUGUCCUUUGAUAACAUAUUUUGAAGUUUUACCCUUACAAAAACUGAUAAAUUUAAUUCCUGACCAAUUGCUGUAUACUAUUCAAAAUACUGAUGAAGGAAUUCUGGGAGUUGUAGUUCUUCUGAGUCUAACCAGCCCUCUUCCCAGAGCUUUGAUCAGAAAGAGACUGGGUGAAUGUGUGAGGGUGAAGGAACUGAUAGAUGUGUUAAUACAAUAACUUACUAAUCAAUCAACAUUAUAUCAUUUACAUGGGCCACGGUAGAUCAUGUACUAAGGGUUUAAGGGGAAGUCAAAGUUACUUCAAGAAUAAGUGAACAUGCUGAGAAAACACAGUGAGCAGUUGUGCUUUUGCAGUAAUUAUUGGGAGGGGUGCUGUUGCUGUUACUGGCAUGAUUUAAUAAAGAUUUAGUUUCACUGG